ACCGGCUGCAUGUUGGCUGGAUCCAAUGAGGUGACGCCGCGUUCAGGGCCUCAGUCCGCCGCUGAUAAAGGAGCCUAAAGUCCUGGAGGGACCGCCUGCUAUCAGUUCCGCUUAGAAUCCUCCUCAGGAAGCCCAGAACAACCGCUUCAUCUGGAGAAGCUCAUCAUGGCAGUAAGGAUCGGGACCCUGGUCGCUCUGUCCUCCCUCCUUGUCGUCCUUCUCCCCUCCUCUACAGAGUCUGUGGCCGUCAUGUCGGUGGACCUUGGGAGCGAGUGGAUGAAAAUGGCCAUAGUGAAACCUGGAGUACCGAUGGAGAUCGUUCUCAACAGGGAGUCGAGAAGGAAAACGCCAGCAGUGGUGUGUCUGAAGGACAACGAGCGACUGUUUGGAGACAGCGCUUUAGGAGUGUCUGUGAAGAUUCCCAAGACGGUCUAUAGACAUCUCCAAAGCCUUCUGGGUAAAAAACGGGACAACGUCCAGGUGAAGGUCUAUGAGAAGCGCUUUCCUGAGCAUCAGCUGCAGGCCGACCCAGUGAGGGGAACGGUUUACUUCAACAGCUCUCAAGAGAUGCGUUAUUCGCCGGAGGAGCUGCUGGCCAUGGUGCUGAAUUAUUCCCGCGGGCUGGCUCAGGACUUUGCAGAACAGCCAAUCAAAGACGCAGUCAUCACCGUCCCAGCCUUCUUCAACCAGGCAGAGCGGAGGGCAGUCCUGCACGCUGCACAGAUGGCCGGCCUAAAGGUCCUCCAGCUCAUCAACGACAACACGGCGGUGGCCCUAAAUUAUGGCGUCUUCAGGAGGAAGGACAUCGAUGGCACGCCCAAGAACAUCAUGUUUUACGAUAUGGGCUCAGGCAGCACCACGGCCACCAUCGUCACCUACCAGACAGUGAAAACCAAAGAUUUUGGUACCCAGCCGCAGCUACAGAUCCAAGGAGUCGGCUUCCUGCAGGUAGAAGGAUUGAUGGACGAUAUAGAUUUCAAAGCCAAGGUGACCAGAGCGGAGUUUGAAGAUCUGUGUGCUGAUCUGUUUGAACGAGUCCCUGGACCGGUGCUGGACGCCCUCACAGCAGCUGAACUGAAGCUGGAAGACUUGGAGCAGGUGAUUUUAGUGGGUGGAGCCACACGUGUCCCCAAGGUCCAGGAGGUGCUGCUGAAAGCUGUGGGGAAGGAGGAGCUGGGGAAGAACAUCAACGCCGACGAGGCGGCGGCGCUGGGGGCCGUGUACCAGGCGGCGGCCCUCAGCAAAGCCUUCAAGGUCAAACCUUUCCUGGUCCGGGAUGCGGCCAUCUUCCCCAUUCAGGUGGAGUUCAACCGGGAGGUGGAGGAAGAAGAAGGGAUCAAAGUCCUGAAGCACAGCAAGCGCAUCCUGUUCCAGAGGAUGGCGCCGUACCCCCAGCGUAAAGUCAUCACCUUCAACCGCUACACUGACGACUUCACCUUCAACAUCAACUACGGAGACCUCAGCUUCCUCAGCCAGGAGGACCUCAGCAUCUUCGGCUCGCUGAACCUGACCACGGUCAAGCUGUCCGGAGUGGGCGAGAGCUUCCAGAAGCAUGCGGACGCCGAGUCCAAAGGAAUCAAAGCCCAUUUCAACAUGGAUGAAAGCGGAGUCCUGCUUCUGGAUCGGGUGGAGUCCGUCUUUGAGACCAUUGUGGAGGAGAAGGAGGAGGAGUCCACCCUAACCAAGCUCGGCAACACCAUUUCUACCCUGUUUGGAGGAGGAUCCUCUGAGCCCAGUCCCAAUGCAACAGAACCAGUCCAGGAGGAGGAGGAAGUUCCUCCAGAGUCUGGGAAGGAGGGCAGCGAGGGCCAGAAGGACCAAGAGAACCAGACCAAAGAAGGUUCAUCAAAAGGUGCUGAUGAGGAGAAGAGCCCAGAGAACCCAGAGGACACGGCCACCAGAACCCAGGCCCCGGAGGAAAAAGGUGGAGAGAAACCUGAAAGCGUGGAGCCUGAGAAGAAAGCCAAACCUCAGAAAAGAACCAAGAUCUCUGAGGACGUCUCUCUGGAACUGGUCCUCCACGACGUGGUGGACCCCACAGCAGAAGAGCUGCUGUCCUCCAGACAGAAGUUACAGGAUCUGACCAACAGAGAUCUGGCCAAGCAAGAAAGGGAGAAGGUCCUGAACAGCCUGGAAGCGUUCAUCUUUGAGACGCAGGACAAGCUUCACCAGGAGGACCACCAGCAGGUGAUGACGGAGGAGGAGCUUCAGCAGAUCCUGGGCCAGCUGAGGGAAGCGUCUGAUUGGAUGGAUGAGGACGGCUACCGGGCCGGAACCAAGGAGCUGAAGGAGAAGCUGUCUCAGCUCAGAGGCCUCUGCAGGGACGUCUUCUUCAGGGUGGACGAACGCAGGAAGUGGCCCGAGCUCCUCGGCGCCCUGGACAGCCUCCUCAACACCUCGGCCUUCUUCCUCAGGGGCGCCAGGCUGAUUCCAGAUGAUGACCAGAUCUUCACAGAAGUGGAGCUGAACAUGUUGGAGAAGGUCAUCAAUGAAACCACGACCUGGAAGAACGAGACGGUGGCGGAGCAGGAGAACCGCUCGCCGCACCUGCGACCCGUUCUGCUGUCCAGAGAUAUUGAGUCCAAGCUGGCUCUGCUGCAGCGGGAGAUGAACUACCUGCUCAACAAGGCCAAGUUUGCCAAACCCAAAGCUAAAGCUAAAGCUAAGAACGAGACAGGCACCGACGCGGGCAGCAAGGCCAACGCUACGGCAGAGGAGGAGAAGCUGGCUCCUCCCACCCAGACAGCAGAGAGCUCCGAGGAGCAGCCGCCGGGUGAAGCUCCGCCCACUGAGGAGAGUGCUCCUGACACAGCCUCUGACAGCCAAUCACAGCCCUCAGAGGAAACCAUCAGCAAAGAGUCUUCAGACGGCGGCGCUCAUGGGAACCACGUGGAGGACGAGUUAUAACCACUGGACCUGGAAAACUUCUUCACUAUUUAUUGACUCCUUCUCAGCUCUUUGCCUUUUUUAAUCGCCUCGUUUUUUUUUUGUUUUUUGUUUUUUUAUUGGCCCGUUUGUCCAGUUCUGACUCCAUUCUAAGACCCCCCCACCCCCCUGUCUAACUGGUUUCACUGGGACCCUCUGACGCUGCUGCCUGUGGACCCAGAGAGAAAAAAGCCCGGUUUAGUCCGAGUCCUGAGCCAAAGUGCGGAGCUGCCAUCUCCAGCCACCGGGGGCGCUGUCACUUCAUCACAAAGUUGAAUAAAAAUAGUUCAGAAGUAAAAAGAAGUAAAUGUAACAUUUCAUCAGGAUCCAGUCUGGUUUAAACCGGAUCUUCAAACUGGAUUACUUGAAGCGGUUCUGGAGCGUUGGGCGUGGACCUCAUGGGUUCCAUGUCAGUGGAGGAGGGGGGGUAGCACCGACUUGGUUCCGGUUCACAGCACAGCUGUUGGACAAGGUUUGGUCUGACUGGGGAAUCAGUGGGUGGACUGGUGUCACUGGUUUCACUCAGUCGGGCCGUAGGAGGUUCCCCCUGAUCGGGUCGGAGAUCAGGACGGAUUUUGUUCCAGAACCAGAAGAACUUUGGGUGGUUUUUCCUUUAAUAAAGAAUCUGUUUGAACCUCGUCUGUCCUGUUUGCUUUGAGGAAGCGGGACACCUGAUUGGACGAACCAGCGAGACGUUAGAAAGGAUGCUGACCUUAAAACUGGUUCUUUUCUGUAGAAGAACCAGUACCAGCCCUGUUUCACCUCUGGACCCACCAGAACCGGGCUUUGGGUCGGAUCUGUGACUUUGGAGCGAAAAGACAAACAAGAUUCUGAUGAUGAUGAAAAGUUUGUUUGUGAAUAA